AUGGCGCCCGUUGGUACCGCUGCACAGUCGAACCAGGCGGAGCCCGUCCUGACCCGUUUGGUUCAGGAAGACAAGACACCAUGGUACAGAAAGAAGAAUCUAAGAGUGCUUUACAUGCUUCUCUUGCCAACAUGUAUUGGAAUUGAGAUGACAUCUGGAUUUGAUUCCCAGAUGAUUAACACUGUACAGAUCUCAAAUCACUGGCAAACGUACUUUGAACACCCGGAAGGCGCCUUAUUGGGCAUAAUUUCCGCGGCCUACAAUCUAGGUGCCAUUUGUGCAUUGCCAUUCGUUCCGUUUGUAAACGACAAGUUUGGUCGUCGAUGGGCCAUAUUUUUCGGAUCAUGGGUUAUGGUCUUCGGAGCAUUUCUGCAGGCCUUUUCCAAUGGCCCUGCAAUGUAUAUCAUAGCGCGUUGGUUCCUGGGAUUCGGAAUCCCGUACUGUAUCAUUGCAGGCUCCUCCUUGAUGGGAGAGCUCGCUUAUCCGAAAGAACGACCCAUUAUGACAUCGCUAUUCAACGCUUUGUACUUCGUGGGUUCGUUGGUUGCUGCAGGAAUAUCAUUUGGAACCCAGCAAAUCGGUAAUGAUUGGGCAUGGAGAAUCCCAUCACUUCUCCAAGCAGGACCCUCCCUUAUCCAGAUCAUAUUCAUCUUCAUGAUCCCGGAGUCCCCUCGAUUCUUAAUCAGUAAAGAUCGCCGAGACGAGGCUUUCGCGAUAUUGGUCAAAUAUCACGCAGAAGGCAAUCCCGACUCCGAGUUCGUCAAAGCAGAGAUGACGCAAAUCGAAACAACGAUCAAGAUUGAGUUGGAACAUUCUCAGCGUUCAUGGUGGGAGAUGGUUGCGACACCGGGAAUGCGCAAGCGUGUUGUCAUCGGCUCAUUUUUAGGUCUCUUCACACAAUGGUCUGGUAACACGUUGAUCUCUUACUACCUUAACGAUCUCCUGAAGUUGAUUGGUUACACCAAUGCCAAUUUCAAGAAUAAGCUCAACGUCGGCCUCAACUCCUGGUCGCUAGUUAACGCCGUCUGUAUCUCCUUGCUCGUCCGUCGAUUUCCCCGUCGAGUCAUGUACAUGACUUGCACGCUAGCACUACUCUGUUGCUAUGUAGGAUGGACUGUCUCAAUGCAGCAGUUCAUGGAACACAAAGGCGCUGCUGCAGCGAAGGUCACUAUCUUCUUCAUUUUCGCCUACAGUCCUUGCUAUAACAUAGGGUACAAUGCUCUUACAUACACUUAUCUUGUUGAGCUUUUCCCCUUCGCACAGCGCGCAAAAGGCAUCACCAUCUUCCAAUUCUUCGGCAGAGGCGCGGGUUUCUUUACGACAUUUGUCAACCCUAUCGGACUAAAGAAUAUUCAGUGGAAAUGGCUUGUUACAUACUGUUGUUGGCUUGCUUUCGAGAACGUUUUCGUGUACUUUAUGUUCCCAGAAACCUACGGCCGUACACUCGAAGAGCUUGCUUUCUUGUUUGAAGACAGGGCUCGCGCUGACGAGGCUACAAUGAGGGUCGAGAAGCAGAUUCAUCAUGAGGACAACGGGGUGUACGACGGACGCCACGCUACAGUGCCACGGAAGGGUGUCUAA